AGAGCGCAUCCUCCGCUGUCGCUCCACACACACACAAACACACACAUACACGGGUCGUGUGUGUCGAUAGAUGUGAUGUCACCGUCGCCGGUACAUGUUAUUUUAUUACCGUGACUCCCUCCCGGUGACCUCCGGCCCCGGCUCCCGCUCCGGCCGCAGAGAUGGUGGAUUUGUCCCAGACUGGCGCAGUGUCGCCGGGACACAGUAGAGGCGGGCAGGGCUGCUCUGGCUCCGGGAAUAACGGGAAGAAAACGUCGAAAAAGUCGAGAGCAAGAAGAGGCAAACGAGGCAGGAAAAGACGGAACAAGAAGAACAACCGGAACAACAAAACUCCACCGCCGUAUUUACCGCCGGAGGCUGAAGAAGGAAACAUUGAAUAUAAGCUGAAGCUGGUGAACCCCACUCAGUAUCGCUUUGAGCAUCUGGCCACGCAGUUAAAAUGGCGGCUGCAAGAAGGCCGCGGCGAGGCUGUCUACCAGAUCGGAGUGGAAGACAACGGCCUGUUGGUCGGUCUGACUGACACCGACAUGAAGGCGUCGCUCAAGACUCUGAAGAGGAUGGCAGAGAAAGUCGGAGCCGACAUCACUCUCCUCCGGGAGCGGGAGGUCGACUACGACUUGGACAGAAACAGUCGUAAAAUCGCAGAAGUCCUCGUUCGAAAAGUUCCAGAUGACCAGCAGUUCCUGGACCUGCGGGUGGCCGUGCUGGGGAACGUGGACUCGGGUAAGUCCACCCUGCUGGGUGUCCUGACACAGGGCGAGCUGGACAACGGGCGAGGACGAGCGCGCCUCAACCUCUUCAGACAUCUUCACGAGAUCCAGACUGGACGCACGUCCAGCAUCAGCUUUGAGAUUCUGGGCUUCAACAGCAAAGGAGAGGUGGUGAACUACAGCGAGUCUCGGACAGCUGAGGAAAUCUGCGAGAGCUCGUCUAAGAUGAUCACGUUCAUCGACCUGGCCGGACACCACAAGUACCUGAAGACCACCAUCUUCGGUCUGACCAGCUACUGCCCCGACUUCGCCAUGUUGGUGGUGAGCGCCAACACGGGCAUCGCUGGAACCACGCGGGAACACCUGGGUCUGGCCAUGGCGCUGAAAGUUCCCAUCUUCAUCGUGGUCAGUAAAGUGGACCUGUGUUCCCGUGGUACAGUGGACAGAACAGUCCGACAGCUGCAGCGAGUCCUGAAGCAACCGGGCUGCAACAAGGUUCCUAUGGAGGUCUCAAACCCUGACGACGCCGUGACCGCCGCACAACAGUUUACACAGUCCACCAGCAUCACGCCCAUCUUCACUCUGUCUGCUGUGUCUGGAGAGAGUCUGGACCUCCUGAAGGUUUUCUUGAACAUUCUUCCUCCACUGAGCAACAGCAAAGAGCAGGAGGAGCUGAUGCAGCAGCUCACAGAGUUCCAGGUAGAUGAGAUUUACUCAGUUCCAGAUGUUGGGACUGUGGUGGGAGGAACUCUGUACAGUGGAGUGUGUCGGGAGGGUGAGCGGCUCGUGGUCGGUCCGACAGACGAGGGUCGUUUCCUGCGUCUGAAGGUCGGCAGCAUCCAGAGGAACCGCUCGGCGUGCAGAGUCCUGAGAGCCGGACAGGCCGCCACACUCGCUCUGGGAAACUUUGACCGUUCACUGCUGCGUAAGGGCAUGGUGAUGGUCAGCCCUAAGAUGAACCCGACCAUCUGCCGUCAGUUUGAAGCCGCCAUCGUCCUGCUCUUCCACGCUAAGACGUUCCGCGGCGGCUCCCAGGUCACUGUGCACGUCGGCAACGUGCGGCAGACCGCCACCGUCGAGUGUCUUCACGGGAAGGACGAGCUGCGGACAGGUGAACGUGCCGUGGUUCGUUUCCGCUUCAUCAAACAUCCCGAGUAUCUGCGCCUGGGCGCUAAGCUGCUGUUCAGAGAGGGCGUGACCAAAGGCAUCGGCCACGUCGCCCGCUUGCUGCCGCCCUUCCAGAACCAUGACCAGAACCAGAACCUUGACCAGAACCUGCCGCUGCAUUAACUCUGCCUCCUUCAAUGACAGACGUCACACUCCGCGGGAACUUUGACCGCUCAGAUGUGUUCGUCAGAUGAAUCCAAUGUCGUUUCAUCAUCAUCUUCGUUUUAAUCCCGCUUGUUUAAGCCGAUCGAUUUCAGAGGAUUCAGUUUGAGGGAGAAGAGACGUUGUUGUCAAACAUGACACAGGAAGUGUUUACGUCUGAAAUCUGAAGAUGAUUUAACUCAACAUUUCCAACUCUGACCAUGUUUUUCUGCACUUUUCUCCAGUCGCGGAUCUGUUGUCAUUUUAAAUGAAACACUGGCUCCGCCUCCCACUGAAAUCUCACCCACUGUUAGCGUGUUCAGGCCGCUAACGUUUUUAGCCGUGACAUCGUUCGCCCACUGGAGUAGAAACUGCUCUUUCACAAAAACCCACGUCUUUAAAUCUGAGUUCAGUUCAAAUCACUUUGAAAACGUGACGUCAUGGUGAGUUAGCAUCAGUUAGCAUCUUCACUUUUCAUCCAAACUUAAAACUCGUGGAUUAUAUUUUCAUUGACUUUUCCUAAAACUUUAUUCAAAAACAAGCAAGUUUUAAGAAAAAAACCGAUUUUUGGACGAACGGAACAAACCACGAGGUUAAACAUGAACUUUUAUUCCAUGACAUUUCUGCACAGUUAGCUUUGUCGCGAUGCUCUGCCUUUUCUUUUGCACUUUAUUGCGUUUUAAUCAUUUUUACGAAUUCCCGAUGUUAAGUGACAGUGAACAAACGCCGACGUUUGUUCCUUUACUAAAGUUUAUGUUCAUCGCAAACAGCAGUUAGCAUCAUCACGUAAAGGUGUCAGUGAAUCAAAAAUGUUUUUUCCUCCUCGCCUUACGUUGACCGCGGACGCCUGCGUGUUCGCGUUUACACUGAAAUAUUUGCAGUUUGUUACGACUCGUGUGUUUUUUGGCAAGCGUAAACGUGUGAAGCUGAACGUUGGCUGCAUGCUCCUCCUCCUUCUCCUCUAAUUCAAACCUAAACGUCCAAACGUCGUUUCCUGUGAAUCCUUGGACGUUUUCUUUCCAAACUGAGUCACUGAUGACUUUGCACUUUUGAUUCUGACUCUGCAUGUGUGUGUGUGUGUGUGAGGUCAAAGUGUUGUGACCUCAGAGACGCUGAAGAGUGACAUCAUCACGUUAUUUCCCUCUGAUCAAUAAACUGCAGUGAAAAUAACAUGAAA